CGCUUUUCGUAUAGUUCGCGCAACACGUGGUCGCGCGUCAAAACUUUUGUGAACGGUUUUUCGGUACCGCGAAGUUGAUCCGAUGCGUCCGAUCUGUAUAUGUGUGCAAGUGUUUUGUUUAGUGUUUUAAGUACAGUGUUUUACAUGUUUCAUGUUAUAUGUUACAAAUAGGUUCUUCAUCAACCGUCAAGCUGGCUCACAUAAAUUUUACGCAGUACAUGGGAGACAUGGAGGUGCAGGAUUAUAAGGCUUUAACAGGAGUUACUGACAGUGGGAUUACAAUGAGCAUUAGCAACAAUAACAACAACACGAGUAUAAACAACAACAACAAUGACGAGAAAUCCGAAAUGCCAGAUCCCGAUUACAUUAAGAUGUUCGUGGGGCAAGUGCCGCGGAGUAUGGACGAGAACGACCUGCGGCAAAUGUUCGAGGAGUUUGGCCGAGUGCACCAGAUCAACGUGCUGCGGGACAAGAUGACAGGCGCGAGUAAAGGGUGCUGUUUUGUGACGUUUUUCACGCGGAAAGCGGCAUUGAAAGCACAGGAUGCUUUGCACAAUAUCAAAACUCUAAGCGGGAUGCAUCAUCCAAUCCAGAUGAAACCGGCUGACAGCGAAAACAGAAAUGAACGCAAACUCUUCGUAGGCAUGUUAAACAAGAAGUUGUCCGAGAAUGACGUGCGGGCGCUGUUCGCGGGGCACGGCGCGAUCGAGGAGUGCACCGUGUUGCGCGACGCUCAGGGCCAGAGCAAGGGCUGCGCGUUCGUCACCUUCGUCUCCAAGCAGGCCGCAAUCGCCGCUAUCAAGGCUCUACACCACAGUCAAACGAUGGAGGGAUGUUCAGCACCGCUUGUCGUCAAGUUUGCGGACACUCAGAAGGAGAAAGAACAGAAGAAAUUACACGCAAUGCAGGCGAGCCUGUGGAGUCUGACGACACCGGUCAGCCCCGCGGCGUAUCUCGCGUCUGAGGCGGCGCUGUCACCCGCCACGCAACUGCAGCUGCUGCAGCAACUGCAGGCGGUUGGAUUGCAGCAACAGUUGUUGCAGGGUCAGGGCUCCACGCUGCUACAAGGUGUUAACUAUCAGGAUAUCGGUUUCAAUGGCGCAGGGCUGAGCGGGGGCACAGUGGGCGGUGUAGGCGGCGUGGGCGAGCAGCUGGGUGGACUUCUGGCGCCAGUGUCGGUGCAGAAUCUGGCCGCGCUGGCUGCGAUGACGCAGCCUGUGGUGACGCAAGCGGCGCCCAUCGCGCCCGCCGCCGCGCCACAACCCGCACCGCCGCAGUUGUGUCUUCUCGGGAAGACUAACAUCACAGGGUCGACGGCGGAGCCGCUGAGCUCAGCGUACGCGGCGCAGUUCGGGUCAGCGUUCGCGGCCGCGCCGCUCGGCUCCGUGCUCGGCUCGGCCGCCGCCGCCGCUGCCGGUAAGCAAGUCGAAGGUCCAGAAGGUGGUAACCUGUUCAUCUAUCACCUGCCGCAAGAGUUCACCGACACGGACCUGGCGUCCACGUUCCUGCCCUUCGGCCACGUGAUAUCGGCCAAAGUGUUCAUAGACAAGCAGACCAACCUUUCAAAGUGCUUCGGGUUCGUCUCGUAUGACAACGCCGCCUCCGCGCAGGCCGCCAUACAAGCCAUGAACGGCUUCCAAAUAGGUACAAAGAGACUUAAAGUUCAAUUGAAACGUUCUAAAGAACUAUCGAGACCGUACUAGAAUAUUCCAGAACUUGUUCCUAGUGAAUUUAUAAAAAGAGAUAACAAAAAAUAUAAACUAUGCAAAGAGGUUGUAAGUUUUUGAACGUUUGUUGUGAUGUAUCCGGUGCACGCGAACUGACGCUAGCUCAUAAGUCCGUUUCGUUCGAAAACGCGAGUCCACGUGCACAGUUGUUAUGUAAUAAGUAUAAAGGUUAAGGUUUGUGUCAAAGGAUUUAUCGUUUCCAAAGUAUUCCCCAAAUUCAUUUAUUAAUAUAAUAAUUAAUUUUUAAAAGUUUAUAAGUUUUUAGUCACUUUAAGCGUAAGUUGAAUGCGUUUAAAAACAAUAGCGAUUUGCGAACUCCAAAGAGCUGGUAUAAAUGUUGUUUUUAAAGGCGAUUUUGAAAUAUAUAACUAUCAAAGAGUAAAGUGUCAUAUUGUAAAAUAAGAGACGUAUUUUAUCACCCAAAGCUUAUGCAAAGAACUAACUGGGUUAGGUUUUUUUGUUUUCUAUUUAUUUAAUUAUACAGACGGGAUAGGUAUAUCUUAAUUUUUCAUAGUAGCUUAUGUUACCAUAUGUGUAAAUGAGAAAUAGGUCAAUUUGAGGCCAUUAUCAGUUGCACUCUGUCAUUUUUGUUUGGAUUAAUUAGAGAUUAAAGAUUAGAUGGUAUUUGAAGGUGAUCUCAAAGCGAUCAAUGUAUUUAUUGUUUACCAGAUUGUUGUCGAUAGCGUACUUAACUAUGUCUGUUAGGAUUAAUAUGUAUCCGUUCAGUUUGUAAUAGUUAAACAACAUGUAUUAAGUUUUUAAUAUGCUAAGGAAUAUUUUUCCUAUGUUUCGUAAACGAUUCCCAUACAAAAUGUGUCAGUUACCUACAAAAUAAUGUAUAAUUUUACGACACAUGUCGAAAAUAAGCACAAUCCUCUAUAUGACUUAAAUUUUAAUAAAUGUAAAUUGACUUAAAAACAAACUUUGCGCUUUUUCCAUGAUCAUAGACAAUUAAAUUUUUCACAUCAUGUUCAUAGAUGGCGCUUAAAAACUA